GCUUGAAAUAUGAGCCUCUUAUCUCAGAAUUCUUCAUUUUGAGCUUCUACUGAAAUAGAAGAUGCCCGAAACAGAGCCUCCAGCAUCUUCCAAUGAAACGAGCAGAAAUUGCCCUGCUCGUAACCUUGGUGCAGUUGCACUGGGAAGCUGAGCUGUGCGCCGGGGGUUUGCUGUGCUGUGCUGCAGGAUGUCCUUGCUCUCACCUGGAGACGAAGACGAGCCAGAGCGCUUUGAUGGUCUCUCCCUGCUGUACUGGACAAUCAUGGGCCCUCAUGGAAUCAAUCGAGCUGUUCACCGCAUCUCUUUUUCUGACUGUCAGAAUGGAUUAGGAGUUAAAAUAAUUGGAGGUUACCGGGCGCAAACAGCAGAAGAUUAUGGGAUCUUCAUAAAGAGAAUUCUGCCUGGAGGGGUCGCUGCUGUGGACAGCCGUUUGCUGGCGGGAGAUCUCAUUUUGGAUGUCAAUGGAGAAAACUUAACUGGAGUAACCAAUGAAAGGGCCGUUGACAUCUUGAGAACAGCUUCUGCAUCUAAUCACAUGUCUCUGCUGGUUGCCAGAGAUGAAGAGGCAAAGAAGGAAUUCCUCGACCUGAUGGAUAAGUACGGCUCUCACAGUGAUGCCCAUUCUGCAAGAAGUUCUCCAACACAGCUGUUAGCUGGAAAACCUGUGGACAGCCUUUCUUCUGGAUCAUCCUCGAGGUCACAGAGUCCUCAGUUGCCUCCAGAGGACGUUGUCACCACCGUCAGCAGAAAAGAUUCUGUACCAGCAGCAUCUCCAAAGAUUGCAAAGGGUAGUGCAUUUCAGAUCAUCUCUGUUUGCAAAGGAGCAAACCUUGGUUUGGAUAUUGUUGGAGGAAUUGACAGAAAUGAGGGGCCUUUGGUAUACAUCCAAGGAAUUGUCCCUGGUGGUGACUGUCAUAAGGAUGGACGGCUGCAGCCUGGAGAUCAGCUUGUCUCCAUAAACAAGGAGUCACUGAUUGGCGUGUCCUAUGAAGAGGCAAAAAGUAUCAUUGACAGAGCCAGGAUGAGGUUUGAAAGUUGUUGUGAAAUAGCUUUUAUAAGACAAAAAAGUGCUCCCAGUUAUUCAGAGAAUCUGCAGCGUCCUCCCAGCCUCGUCGCGCCUCCUGCAGCCUUUGUUGGACAGCGAGCUGCAGGCCCCGGUCCUGUGGCAUCUCCUCACACAAAGCUCCUGUCAGCGCUGCUUCCUAACGCUAUGGAAACUAGAGUCAAAAUGGAAGAGCAGUCUCCAAUUACUUCUGCAGAGAGCAGUCCUCCUGAUGUAUCUGUUCAUGUCCUUGCCCCCAACCAGAGCAAUGGUUACAGUCUGCCAGGAAGGAAGGCUUCCUUGAGCUCUGCUAUUCGUCUCAAAGCAGAAAAGCUAGAGAAGGCAUUGAAUUAUCUUGGGAUUCAGCCCUCAGCUGAACAGCAGCAAGCCCUAAGGCAGCAACUUCAGAAAGAUUCCAAAGGAACAGUGUCUUUUGGAGAUUUCAUUGAAGUUUCAAGGAAUCUGUUCUCUGUGCAAUUGGAUGCAACAGAUGGUGGCCAAAAUCCUGUAACGUUUGGGAUUGAUGAAAUUGCCAGUUUGUUAGAUUUGCAGUUUGUAACCUGGGAUUCUUUGGAGGAUGACAUGGAAAAGCUUAAGAAGGAAAGAAAUGAAGCUUUAAAAGAAAUGAGCAAAUUGAAGGAAGAAUUAUCAGAAUCUCUGAAUUUACAGAAGCAGUUAACAGAGGAACUACAAGCAGUCAAGCAAGAAGCCAAGGCAGCUGUAGAGGAGACAAGAGCCCUGCGAAGCAGGAUUCAUCUUGCAGAAGCUGCACAGAGACAGGCGCGCGGAAUGGAGAUGGACUACGAAGAAGUAAUUCGCCUGCUGGAAGCUGAAAUAGUGGAGCUGAAGGCUCAGCUCUCUGAUCACUGUGGCCAAAAUAAAGAUAGCAUCCAGGAUUUGAGAAAGAGGGUUACUGUUCUUGACUGUCAGCUGCGGAAAUCGGAGUCGGCUAGGAAGAGCUUUGAGGUGGCUACUGAAAAACUGCUGCAAUUCGUAGAGGUUGUGCAUGAAAUGCUUUCCGAAAACUCUCCUUCCUCGGCUGUUCUGAGUGGCAGAAGGACACCAUUGUCUUCUAAAGCACUUCUUGCCCGGCUGGGGAGGAUUGGACCAACUGUUACCACAGCUCUUGCAGCAGAAGCCAGAGACCUUGCCAAGUCUGUCCGUGCCAUUCUGGAAGUAAACUGUCUACCUUAUGGAUGGGAAGAAGCUUAUACAGCAGAUGGAAUCAAAUAUUUUAUCAACCACGUGACACAGACAACAUCAUGGAUCCACCCUGUAACAAGCGCACUAAGCUUGCUCUGCUCUGAGGAUGAUGACGAUGGAAUAAGGGAGCCUCCAGGAUCCAAGAGCCACUGAGGGCACCUGCUGACUGAAAGCAGUUUGAUUUCCAAACAUUAGAGAGGAGAAGCACACAUUUUAUUCUAACGUUCUCUCAUCGUUGUAGUACCAACACUGUAGUACCCAGUGACACUUCUCCCCAUGAAGUCAGGGGCGUUCUGCUGCCUAUUUACAUGGCUUUAUUUUUAGGUGCCUCAAAAGAUGCUGGCACUGCAGAAGUCUCUCUUAGUCCGUAAGUUCCCCAGCUGUGUAGGGAUCAGUUGCGAAUCUUAGGACCCAAUUCAUGACUUCUGUAGCAGCAUAACUCCACUGACUCAGAGUGAAAUUUUCUAUUUUGACCAGCGUGACAGCCAUUGGAUAUGCUUCAUGUUGUAAAUUCCAUCUGAUGGUUUGCUGAAGUAUGCAAGGCCUGCUUUUUUUUUAAGAACAAUGCUAAUGAGCGUAAUGCAGAUGGAUGCCUUUUGUGUAGCUACUGAAUAAUCUUAUUUUUAUAGAAUAAAUUCGUGAAUGAGUUUUGCUAACAGAAAUUUGGCAGUUACAAAUUACAAGUAUUGCAGCCCUGAUUACUUUUAAGGUUGGGCUUUAGGAAAAUGAAUCUUUGAUAGGAUGUCAAACAAAAAGAAGCAGUUUUGGGAGAGGACACCGUACUCGAUAACAAUAUGUGGCAAGAAAGAAAAUUAUUCUACUUCUGUACUCUGCUAAACUGGUACAUACAUGCAUCAGAUACUUCAGUAGAAGCUGUGAAGUUUCAAGUACAAUGAAACCUGUGAAACCACCUCCAGGAUCAGCAGAAAUCAGUCACCUCCUCAAAAAUGGUCUUCAAGGAGAACAGAAUCAUUUUGUAAACACUGGUGAUGAUUUAAAGAGGAUAAAGAAAAUGACGGGGUGCUGCUGCAAUCUAAGUAAACAGAUUUUGCUGCACCUCAAUAGCACAGGAUAUUUUAAAUCUCAUUAUUCACAACACAACAUACGAUGCUAGCUUUACAAACAUGAUUCUAUGCUAUAUUUUUCUAGAGACUCUGUGUAUGUAUUUUAUAUAUAUAUGUAUAUGGUAGGUGUUGACUAAUAAAUGAAAGAAGGAUCUGAAACAUUGCAGAAGCACUGAUGGAUCUCCCAAAAAAAAACCCUAUUACUAAACUUCAGGCCAAGGAGAACAGUACUGUAACAGUGUGAGGAAGGCACAGGCUGCAACCUGCAUUUUUCUGAGGCACACACUUAGGACUUCUAAACCUCUCUGAAAUGGCUGGGGACCCUUCUCCACUCCAGCUCCCCUCUGCUGGCCCAUACAAAGAAACUAGGACUUGCGGUCACAUUUUUUGGAGGUCUGUCUCCAGCAGAUGUGGUAUUAAAAAUCCAAGCAUCUAGAAGAAUGUACCAGGGAUGCUCCAAAAGCAAUGCUUCCUGUUGUAUGAUGUUGGCCCAUGAUGUCAGAGGCAGAUGUUGGCGGUAUGGCAGCAGGGGUGGUCUGACAUGGAAGGGUGCAUGGAACAAGUAUGAAAUUGAAUUCCUCCAGGUAGAAAAAAUUUUUUGCAGCAGAGUCAGCUCUGCAGGUGCAGAUUUUUACAAGUGCAACAUGCAAGCUCCUAUUCACUGCUGGCAAAAAUGUAUAGCUCUCAGUGAUGCCUAUGCUGAAAAAUACUGUUUUGUAGCUGAGAAUUUGUUGUCAAAUAGUACUAUUGUAUUGCUCACUGUAUUUGUUGUGUUUUCCAUGGAAAUAAAUAGGAAGCAUUACUUUCAGAGCAAGCUAGGUGUAUAAAGCCCAGACUUCCUCCUAGUUCUGGUGUCUGUGUCAUAUCUCCAUCCUCAGCACUGCAGAGCUGUGCCAAGUCAGGCACACAGGGGCUGCUGGUCCUUUUGAAUCUAAAAUAAUACACAGUUUGUAAAAACCCAAGUCAAGUCUCUUCUCCGAACAGCCAUGUUCGGAGAAUCUACUGCAUCUACUGCAUAUGGCCUGUGAGCUGUAGAGCACAUCACCAAAUGUUCUUCGUGUAGGAACAAAGUGCAGCUCAUGAAAGUUUCUUUUGCAGUCUUUGCUGGAAGGAGAUGUCAGGGUACAUUGAAUAAGCAAAUAGGAAAAAAUGUUUUGUACUUUUAAGUAGGUCAGAACCACGUUAUCCAUGAAUCUACACAGGUGGAUUAGGUAGGAGUUUUCUCAGCAGACCCACAGUAGCAUAUAGUUCUGAGAAAAUUUCUCAUAGCAAUAACACUUGGGCUUCACUCAUAUUUUGCUCCAGUGACCCCUAAGUGCUUCAUGGUCUCCUUUGUGUUCCCUGAGAGCACAGUGUGAAAAGACAAAGUGUGUGCUUCAGUUUCAUUUGAGCACUCUAGAUGCACCAUUAUUUAAAUACCUUUUCUGAAAUGGCAUAGACUUGUGACCCAUAAACUGUAUGCGAGGUUCUAAAUGCCUUGCAAUAUUUACUGUAGCCUUAGAAGUAAUUUGGAUGCGUUAUGACAGGCGCUUUCAGUUCAUACUUCCAUGGCAGCCAGACUUCAUAUAGACUCCAGUUUUCCAGUUCUGCUCCAAAGAAGUUUCAAGCUCUACUUGACCCUCACAGUCUUGAUUUAUUCUGCUGCUGGCUUUCUGACAGCUAGUUGAGUUUCCUCAUAGAGAAGCUAUUUAGGGGCAGAGGCUAUGGAUCAGGCAGACUUCAUCAGAAGAGGCUUUACGGAGACCUAGCAGCAAUUUAAAACUGUCCUUCUGUUGUACCAGCUGGAGGAGGACAGCUAUGUACAUAGUGCUGGCCCUUCCUGAAGAGCUGGUAAUGAUCUCUUGCUCUGAGAAUGCAUUGCACAGCCUGCUGUGCACGAGAGGAGAAGAAAUCAAGGCACAAUGCUGACAUCCUGCCAGCUCUGCUUACCAUCUCCACCCCCAGAUGAGAACAUUUCAGAAACAUGGAGACUGUUUCUUUCUCUUAUAAAUUUGCCUAGAAAUUAAAGUCAUUACAAAUAGAUCUCUGCAUCUAUCUAGCUUCUUCUCUGGUAAGCACUACCUCUUCAGAUGAUCCACUAGUUCAACUGCUCUGCUAUUGAGGCUACAUUUUCAUACCUACAAUUUCCAAAUGUUCUAAUCUAUUUUUGUAUGCUGGCAUGCUUGUUUCCUAGGAUAUUUCUCUGUAUCUCCCCUUGUCUCUUCCUUUCUGUGAAAUAUUUUGUGAAAUUAUUUUGAUUGAACUGAACUAUGCAUAUUGAGAAAAUGGUUCUAGGAUAACUUGAGAAGAAUUUGUAAAGAACAGUUGUCAAAAUAUACAGUGCUGUAAACAA